GUGAGAGAGAGAGAGAGAGAGUGUGUGUGUGAGUGUGAGAGAUACUUCUGCCUGGCGGGAGGCUCUGUUGUAUAAACCCUCUCUGUCUCGGUUUAACAGAUUUUCUGAGCGUCGAAGGUUUUCUUUAAUGUUAGUUGAGUUUUCAAGCCUGUGUGUUCCUCGGGACGGGUUUUCAAGUUUGACAGAAGCUGGUUGUUUUAAUUACCGCUUUAUUACUAGUUCGAUAGUAGUCCAGGAGUUCAGAGGAAACAGCUGAAGACUUUUCUAUAAACGACGUGGGAUCUGAUAUUUCAUGGAGUUUUAAACGAGAUCAGAAUACAUCAACCCCCAGUGCGGAGCCUUCGACAGAGCGGAUAUCAGUAACCGCCAAGUGUCCUGGUUACCGGACCACCUCCUUCUGAAAUCUAAAUAACUUCGGGGCAAAGCGACUGCGCCUUAUUUCUCAGAGCCGCCGCCAUUCACCAACCCUGAGCCUACACACACACUGACCUGAACUGCGAUGCUUUCUCCUAUACUUCAUAAUGCUAUAAAGAAAAGGUGGAAGAUGUCCAGCACUUUACUGGAUGAUCAACAGUUGAAGCAAAACCGUGAGGUUUCCACCAGCAGCUCGCUGACUGCUUGUGAGAAGAAAAAAGUUGUGUUUGUGGAGCCACAAACACAAGUUAAAGGAAGAUUUCAGGAAGCUCAAAAGGUAAUGGGACCUUUAUCAACGCCUAAGAAGGGACCAGAGGCCCCAGGAGGGGACCCAUGGACACCGACAUCCAACUUGAAAAUGCUGAUCAGUGCUGCGAGUCCAGAAAUACGCAAUCGAGAGAAAGAGAAGAAAAGCAGUGAGGAAACUGAGAACUCCUCUCAGCAGGAUACUGAACAAGGAGAAGAAUCAGAAAGGCUACAGCUCAGUCGAAAAGAGAAGAGUCUUGGGUUGCUGUGUCACAAAUUCUUGGCACGUUAUCCAGAUCAUCCGAAUCCAGCUGUAAACAACGACAUUUGCCUUGAUGAUGUUGCGAUUGAACUGAAUGUAGAACGGCGGCGUAUUUAUGACAUCAUGAAUGUCCUGGAGAGCCUGAACAUGGUCAGCCGUUUGGCUAAAAACCGCUACACAUGGCAUGGUCGUGCCCAGCUUGCACAAACCCUAGCAUUGCUGCAAAGAGAGGGAGAGAAACAUCACUAUAACCAGCAGAUUCAACAGAUACGGCAGAGACAUGCAGAGGAUGUGCUGGAGCUGGAGGGAGAGGAGAAAGAGAACGAGGACCCCGAUGGGGAAAUCAUACACAGGGAGUCAAGCUUUAGUGAAGCCUCCGUUGAUGCGAAAGGGGCUAGCCGUAAGGAUAAAUCCCUGCGUGUGAUGAGUCAGAAAUUUGUUAUGCUGUUCCUGGUGUCGAGUCCACGUGUGGUGAGCCUGGAAAUCGCAGCCAAGAUACUUAUUGGAGAAGACCAGGUGGUGGACCAGGACAAGAGCAAGUUCAAGACAAAGAUUCGUCGUCUAUAUGACAUUUCCAAUGUCCUCAGUAGUCUUAAGCUUAUUAAGAAAGUGCAUGUAACUGAAGAACGAGGAAGAAAACCAGCAUUUAAAUGGACAGGACCAGAAAAUCUUUUACAGGGUAUGCGGGUUGAGGCUUCCUCUCGCCCUUUCGAAUCCCGCUCGUCUGUGGAUAACUGUACUAAAAAUCUUUUCAGCUCCCCCAGCACCAAACGAGGUUUUACACGACAUCCUUCACUUGUCAAAUUGGCAAAAAGCAUUGAGGACGAUCGCAGGAAGAUCAACUCUGCUCCAUCAAGUCCCAUUAAAAUCGCAAGUGAUGCAGCAAAUGGAAGCUUCUUUUCAAGUAAAAUGGAUCACCUUGCUGCGAUUUGUAAAAUGCAGCUGGACCAACAGGCUGGGAAUGUUCCAAAGCAGAGUAAUCCGAAAGAGGCUGUUCACUUACAACAUAAAAGCUCAGUGUUGUCACCCUGUCCCUCCACGAUGACAGCAGGAACAGAUGCUUGUCCCCAGACAGUGCAGUUAUCAUUUGCACCUCCUCCCUGCUGCUCAUUCGUUCCUGUGCUGCUUCCCCAUGCUGUGUAUGUCACACAAACCCCUGUUCGUCCUCGCUCUGUGACCAGGCCUUUGCCGUCCAGCACUGCUGUGCGCUCCAUGACCUUUGAAAGCCCCAGAUCAGCAAAUCCAAAGGCCUCACCAGCAUCUGUAACGAUCACAAGUCAGAGACUGCUGCACGGUUACGAGCCAGCAAGUCCUGCCUUGAAACGGACAUGUUUAGAUAGUUUAGAAAGAAGUCCAGCAAAGAUAAAACGGAAUGACGUGAUGACAAACUCAAAGAGCGUGUCCCCUAAGUUGUGUGAGAUCCUACAAGCUCGUCUGAAAGAUCGUAGAGGAACCUUGAAUUCCAGUCGUGCCUCAGCGAGAGCUCUACACCUCGAACCUGAAUUUACCAAAACACCCCAUAAUAAUUCUGACACUGUAGAGCACAGCAUGGAGCUGCCACACUUCCUGGAGACCGAGGAGAGGGACUUGAAAAUACAUAACCAGGCUACACCUACUCUGCAGGACUCAACGGGGCACACAAACACAGAGACUCUGAUCCCUACAGGUUAUUUGAUUCCAAUUACUCAACAGCCUCUGCUCAGCUUUAAAGAAACUCUGACCUCCAGUGGAGAGACGAAUAAAACACCAACAUACAUUUAUCAAACUCCAAACACAGGUUCGGAAGUCCCUUCACCCCAGGAGUUUACCCCUUCCCCAUUACCCAUCCAUCGCCCCACCCACCGGGUCAGCCCAAAUCCAUCAUUCCUCAACUUCACCUUGCAGAACCUUGCUUUGAUCCACAGCACACAAACCACCACACACACAGCACCAGCAAACGAGCAGCCGAGCCCUGUACCCUGCACGCACGCACAUGCUCACACACCGCUUCAGACACAUGGCAUGAUCUUCAUAAAACCUGUCUCACCCCUCACACUUAUCAGCCUGCAGCAGCCUGCUUUGACUACUCCCAAAAGUGGCUCCGCCUCUCAGACGUGUUUUUUUCACACACCGGUCUCUACUGUGGUCACGUCCACUGCCACUAAGAGCCUGUACAUCCCUCAGAGAAAGCUGGACGUGAGCUCAGAGGAACACUGAUUACCAGUGACCACUAAUAACUUCUGGAUUGUGUACAUGGCUUCGGCUUUGAGUUUCUGGUCUUGAUUUUUUGUGCGUGUGCGUGCACAGAUGCAUGUGUAGAAACAAAACUGAUAAACUUGAUCUUAGCAUUGAGAUGCUAGUGUUCUCUAAUUAGCUUUGUAAAAAUGCUUGGUGCUGUAUUGGAAAUGUAUAAUGUGUAUGUUUGAUUAACAAAUAAAUGUGGGCCUUCUGGGCCAUAUGGGAAA